CGAACCAUCGUUGAAAUUACUAAUUUCACCACCCAUAAGAAUCAAAUUCUCCUCUCUCUCCUCCCAUAAUCUCUCUCUUUUUUCUCUCUCCAAUUCCUAAAUCCUCUCUUCCCCCAAAUCAACCACCAGCGAUGGCCACCUCAGCGCCACCAAUCCUCCCAAUCUCCACCCCACAAUCGAAACCCGCCACCAUCCCUACCACUUCCACAACCGCCAUUCAAUCAUCCGAUCCACCCAUUGCAACCCCCGCUUUCCGAUCCUUCAUCACUCGCAUCACCGACCAGGUCAAAGACGGUUACUCUCAAGGUCGUCCAUGGACAGAACUCGUCGACCGAUCUGCCUUCUCGAAACCUGAAUCCAUCGCAGAAGCCACCACCCGCCUCCGCAAGAACUACUCUUACUUCCGCGUUAAUUACCUCGCAUUCCUCGCACUCGUCGUCGGGUUCUCCCUCGUUACCCACCCUUUCUCUCUCCUCGCCCUCGGCAUCCUCCUUGCCGCAUGGUCCUUCUGUUUCCUCUUCAAACCCGCAGAUCGGCCCCUCGUCAUCCUCGGUCGCACCUACUCCGACCGUGAAACCCUCGGAAUCCUUGUUAUCUUCAGUGUGGUCAUGAUAUUGAUCUCCAACGUUACAUCUGUUUUGAUGUAUGCUUUUGUUCUUGGUGCGGCGAUUGUUUCUGUUCACGGUGCUUUUAGGGCCCCUGAGGAUCUCUUCCUUGAUGAUCAAGAGUCCGCCUCUGAAUCCACCGGUUUUCUCUCCUUCCUCGGUGCUACCACCAGGAACGCCGCCUUUGCCGCUGCUCCAGCCGUUGCCGCAGCCCGUGUUUGAACGGGGUAAUUUCUUGAUCGUCUUUGAAACAAAGAGAACUUAAUUCAUGUUUGUUUAGUAGUGGGAAAAACAAGAUUUGGAUUUAUUUUUAGUUAUGUUUCUGGAUCUAGAUAGAGCGAAUGUUCUUUAAUUUGUAUCAAUUUCUAAUUACGGAUCUACAGUACAUAUCAAAUUUUUUUUGUUGAAUGUUAAUAAUUACUGGUUAAGUGA